AUGAAGGACGAACCUGUAUUCUACACCAUCCCAUUGGAUUCACCACCAUCUAGCCGACGCUCGGGACCAUCGUCGCCGGCUCAGAAGGCUCCGACUUCUGAUGACCAUGUUCUGAUCUUCCCGAAUCGCAGUGGAUCCAAAAAGCGCAGGGCUCGUACCUCGGACGGAUCUUCCCACGAAGCCAAACAGGUGGACGCCCAAAUUCCGGCUCAACGUUCCGAUGUAUACAUUGUUCGCAGUCAGCCGUCUCAGGAGCUUCUUGAGUCGUCAAGAUGGACCGCAGCCUCAGCAGCUCGCAAGACUGAGAAACCCCAAACACCACCAAAAUCACCGGUUAUCGAUGCUCCAGAGGCUGCUGCCGACCCACCGAAAAUGAUCGUGAGAGCCCCGAUGGCUCCGUUGGUUCGCGCACCACCACCUGAACCGAAUCCUCCUGCCCCAGCUCCAGCAGUUCAAGAACAUGCACACGAGCCACCGGCGUCGUGCUGGCAGUGGUUUGUCUAUUGUUGCUGCUGCAAAUGCUGCUACAAAACAUAA